AAGUAAAUCCUUGUGACCAAUCAUUGCUAAAGAACGUUAGAGGGAGUUUUGAAACGGACCAAUGAGAGCAGAGCUCUGCUGUGAACGCGUCCAAUCAGAGAAGAGCAUCGAUGAGCGGCAGAGCAGCAGCAGAGAAGAGCGGCGCGAUGACCGGAGCCAAUGAGUUCAAGCUGACCCAGGGCCCGGAGGACAGCGUCUCGGCUGUGAAGUUCAGCCCGAGCUCGGCUCAGUUCCUGCUGGUGUCGUCCUGGGACUGUACGGUGCGGCUGUAUGACGUCAGCAGCAACAGCAUGAGGAUGAAGUACCAGCAUCUGGCGCCGGUGCUGGACUGUGCUUUCUAUGAUCCGGCUCACGCGUGGAGCGGCGGUCUGGACAGCCAGCUGAAGACGCACGAUCUGAACACGGAUCAGGACACCAUCGUGGGGACGCACGACGCUCCCAUCCGCUGCGUGGAGUACUGUCCCGAGGUCAACGUGAUGGUGACGGGCAGCUGGGACAUGUCUGUGAGGCUCUGGGACCCCAGAACACCCUGCAACGCCGGGACCUUCACGCAGCCGGAGAAGGUCUACACGCUGUCUGUGGCCGGAGACCGGCUGAUCGUGGGCACGGCGGGCCGGCGCGUGCUCGUCUGGGACCUGAGGAACAUGGGAUACGUGCAGCAGAGGCGAGAGUCCAGCCUCAAAUACCAGACGCGCUGCAUACGAGCUUUCCCCAACAAACAGGGUUACGUGUUGAGCUCCAUCGAGGGCAGAGUCGCCGUGGAGUAUCUGGACCCCAGUCUGGAGGUGCAGAAGAAGAAAUACGCCUUCAAGUGCCACAGACUGAAGGAGAACGGCAUCGAGCAGGUCUAUCCGGUCAACGCCAUCUCCUUCCACAGCGUCCACAACACGUUUGCCACCGGCGGUUCUGACGGCUUCGUGAACAUUUGGGAUCCGUUCCACAAGAAGCGUCUGUGUCAGUUCCACCGAUACCCCACCAGCAUCGCGUCUCUGGCGUUCAGUUCAGACGGCUCUCUGCUGGCCAUCGCCUCCUCGUACAUGCAGGAGCAGGGAGACGUGUCUCACCCCGCCGACGCCGUCUUCAUCCGCCAGGUGACCGACGCAGAGACCAAGCCCAAAUCCACGUGAAGCCGCUGGUGAUCGCAGACCUCACGUUUACUCACCGAGAAACGUUCUGCUGCCACACAAAACACUCGUUUCCAUCACGUCUGUCUCUUUAUUCUGUCUCUGUCAACCGAUACAAUUCAGUUUUUCAUUUGUGUGUGUAUUUUUAUGUGCUUAAGAACAAUAAAAUACCCCUUUUAUACAUUGAA